UAGAGGUCCACAUUGGCUCUCCUCUCUCGUUCACAAUUCCUUCAACUCAACAAACACUGUGUUACUCCUCUUCUCCUUCUUCUUGUUGCUGCAAGAAAUCAACAUGUCAACAAGCACUUCUUCCUCCUUCCUUUUCAAAACCUUCCCUCAAAGCUUCCUCCAGAGAUCUCACUUCCACUGCCACAAUCACACAAACAAGUGCAGUUUUGGAUUGACCAGGAGCAAAAUCCACUUGAGGCCUCUCCUCCUCGUCGUCUCCUCCUCCUCUGCGGCCGGAGUUGCGGUGGUUGGCCAAGGCCAGGACAGCAAGUAUUUGGCUAGAGAGGGCCAGUGGGGAGUGAGGAGGAUGGUGAAGGUGGGAGAAGAGAUGAGGAAGGUGGCUCACGUCCAAGCGGAAGCUUUCCACACUCCGGUCGCCUUGUUCGACGACCUCUUCUUCGAUUUCUUCAAAGCUGAGGUGAUCUCUGCUCUUUCUUAUCGAGUGCUGAAUUCACCGCCCGAUAGGUAUGCUUGUUUGGUUGCGGAAGCUGUUGACGAACAUAGUUCCAGUUGGGAGCCGCAGAAGGAGAUUGUUGGGGUUGUUGAUGUCACCGUACAGCGAGAUUAUGAUGUUCUUAGUCAUAUUCAAGGCGAAGGGGAGUAUCUCUACGUUUCAGGAAUCGCAGUUCUAACAAAGUUUAGGAGGCAAAAGGUAGCGACUGCGCUGCUCAAGGCUUGUGACAUGCUAUCAGUUUUGUGGGGCUUCAGCUACUUGGCACUGCGAGCUCAUGAAGACGACUUCGGAGCACAAAAGUUGUACACGAACGCAGGCUACCAAGUGGUUUCCAGAGACCCUAUCUGGAUUACUUUGAUCGGGAGAAGGCGACGCGUUCUCAUGGUUAAGCGAUCUCCUUUUUCUGAAACUUCACAUGAACAAGUUGAAAUUUUGUAGCAUAUAUCCUUUGCGCUUUUCUUUUGGUUACCGAUUGGAUUAUCAGAAAAGAAGGUGACCAUUUUGUUACUGUAUUAUUAUGAAUGUAAACUACAAAUUCAUUCGGAAAGAGAGAACAAUUGUGGCAAA